AUGUAUGGAGAAUCGGCACAGUUUCUUCGAUCGGCAUGUUUUAUUAUAUCCGCGCGAGUGUUUCGGCGUGUUUAUGCGGUUUUUGGACAAAAUUUACGCUCAUUCAAGGCUGUGGCGGGUGAUGUUUUGCUGCCAGUUCGCAGUCUUCGCGCGGAAGACUGGACUGCAGAAAAAUCCCCUGAAAUCCCGGGAUUGACCGUGUUCUCCAUCUUGGCGAGCAAGAGGAAACAGGUUUGGCACUUUGGCCGUCGGUCAGCCCCCUCACUGCCGCUCUACGGACUCGGCGCUCGGACGAAGGACACUACGGAUGACUCCUUCGUCGUCCACCGAACCGCCAGCGCAGCUAUGGACUGCCAACAUAGAAGGUUCACACUGCCAACACACUUCUUCCGCGGAUGUGCGUCGGGUCAUCAGGUUGGACCAGCAGGAUGUUCCGAGGGUAACGAUAUCAUCCCUCACCAACACCUGUGGCCAAUCAACCAUCAGUCGACGACACCACCUAGAAUUAGAAUGUGGCGAAUGAAUGUGUGUUACCUGGGAAAAUUUAAAUAAACUUUUUCAAAUUUUCCUCCACGAUUUCCAU